GGUUUUCUGGGUGACUCACGCUCCCCCCCCACACACACCCGGAGCCUGAAUCAGACCCCGAGGGAGGGCUUUGUACGGGAGGCGGAUGGUGUGUAGGGGGGAGUCAGGCGCCUGGGUCCCGGGUGGGGACAGGGAUCCGAGGUGGUUGGCGAGAGUGAGUGUGUGUUUAGUUCACAGGAAGUUUUUGUUCUCCAAUGAGGGCUGCUGUAUUCUGAGUGCCGGUGUGGGGGUUUGUGGACAGAGGUGGAAAGGGGCUGGAGCGACGGGGCUCAGUGCUUCAGGGAAAGCUGAGUCAGUUCCCCGUGGGAAAGGGGAAGUGGUGGAGGGGAAGUGUCAUCAUCGCACUAGGGGAAGCUGCAUUUCCUGGUAACUGGCGGCGCCCUGGGCACCCCUUCGCAAGCGGGGAUCUGUUCCUCUGAUGCCCGGACCCCCGGUUCCCCCCGUCUUCCCAUGCGUGGUCCGGGACUUGGGUGGGGGGAAUCUGGCCGGGGCUACACCGGGCCGCCGUUAAACGCUCUACUCUUGCCAGGGCUUGGGAACUGAGAGAAAGUCUGUGUAGUGAGAAGAGAGAGUUCGGGUUAGAAACUCCGCCGGAACCGCGGAGAGGGUCCGCAGAGCCCAGGCGUGAGCCGCGCUCGGCGGGGAGUGGCGCGCCGGGACCUGUAGGGUCCAAGCGCGUGCAUGUAAACAGACGACCUUGCCCUGCGGAGGGAGGACUGUUUUCACCAGAAACCCGCCUGCCCUUGCGGGCUGGGUGGAAAUUUCCCCAUAGCGCAGACUUCUCUCGGCGAAGGCGAACUUUCCAGCCGCCCCCAGCCCCUCGUCGCGCGCUCUCCCCCGGCUUCCUGCCCGGCGCUUGCUCCAGCUGGAGCGCUGGCCCCGCCCCCGCCGCUUUGUACUCUACGCUCGCCUCUCGCAGCUCUUUGUACUCUAGACUCUCAAUGGACCGAUCCCGGGAGCGGAGCCGGCUCCCUACCUGCGGGGACGUGGGGCUGUUACUGAGGCGGAGACACGGGUGAUGAUUGGCUUUCUGGGGAGAGAGGAAGUGCUGUGAUUGGCCAGAUCUCAGGAGCUCGCCGACGCAGUGAGAGGACGCUCCCACGGAGGCCGGAGUUGGCUGUGAAGGGCCCUGGGUGGCCAUCUGGGGGCAGUGGGCACUCCUGUCAGAGCGGCUGGAGCGGGACCGUCGCCCCAGAGAGCUGGGGCAGGGGGCCGUGCCCGAUCUCCAGGGCUCCUGGGGCCACUGCUGACCUGGCUGGAUGCAUCGGGCAGUGGACCCUCCAGGGGCCCGCGCUGCACGGGAAGCCUUUGCCCUUGGGGGCUUGAGCUGUGCUGGGGCCUGGAGCUCCUGCCCGCCCCAUCCCCCUCCUCGUAGCGCAUGGCUGCCUGGAGGCAGGUGCUCUGCCAGCAUCGGGCAGCCCCCACUCUCUGCUCCCCUGCCCCCUUCACAUGGCAGUAGCUCUGGGCACCCUAACAAACCGUAUUAUGCUCCAGGGACCCCCACCCCGAGACCCCUCCAUGGGAAGCUGGAAUCCCUGCAUGGCUGUGUGCAGGCAUUGCUCCGAGAGCCGGCCCAGCCAGGGCUGUGGGAGCAGCUUGGGCAGCUGUAUGAGUCGGAGCAUGACAGUGAGGAGGCCAUUCGCUGCUACCACAGCGCCCUUCGAUACGGAGGAAGCUUGGCUGAGUUGGGACCCCGCAUCGGGCGACUACAGCAGGCCCAGUUCUGGAACUUUCAUGCCGGCUCCUGCCAGCACCGAGCCAAGGUCCUGCCCCCCCUGGAGCAAGUGUGGAACUUGCUGCACCUCGAGCACAAGCGGAACUACGGGGCCAAGCGGGGAGGUCCCCCAGUGAAGCGAGCUGCUGAACCCCCAGUGGUCCAGCCUGUGCCUCCGGCCGCGCUGUCGGGCCCCUCGGGGGAUGAGGGCAUGAGCCCUGGAGGCAAGCGCAGGAGAGGGUGCAGCUCUGAGCAGACCGGCCUUCCUCCAGGGCUGCCGCUGCCUCCACCCCCACUGCCGCCGCCGCCGCCCCCGCCGCCGCCCCCGCCGCCCCCCCCACCCCUGCCCGGCCUAGCCACCAGCCCUCCAUUUCAGCUGAGCAAGCCAGGGCUGUGGAGUACCCUGCAUGGAGAUGUCUGGGGCCCCGAGCGCAAGGGUUCGGCACCCCCGGAGCGCCAGGAGCAGCGGCACCCGCUGCCCCACCCGUAUCCGCACCCAGCUCCGGCCUACACCGCGCACCCCCCUGGCCACCGGCUGGUCCCGGCCGCACCCCCAGGCCCCGGCCCCCGCCCUCCAGGAGCAGAGAGCCAUGGCUGCCCGCCUGCCACCCGUCCCCCCGGAAGUGACCUUAGAGAGAGCAGAGUUCAGAGGUCGCGGAUGGACUCCAGCGUUUCACCAGCAGCAACCACCGCCUGCGUGCCUUACGCCCCUUCCCGGCCCCCCGGCCUCCCCGGCACCACCACCAGCAGCAGUAGCAGCAGCAACACCGGUCUCCGGGGCGCAGAGCCGAGCCCAGGCAUCCCCGGCGCUGACCAUUACCAAACUCCCGCGCUGGACGUCUCCUCUCACCAAGGCCGCCUGGGGCCCUCGGCGCACAGCAGUCGGAAACCGUUCCUGGCGGCUCCCGCUGCCACUCCUCACCUGUCCCUGCCGCCCGGCCCGCCCUCACCUCCUCCACCGCCCUGUCCCCGCCUCCUGCGCCCCCCACCGCCCCCUGCCUGGCUGAAGGGCCCGGCGUGCCGGGCAGCCCGCGAGGACGGGGAGAUCUUAGAGGAGCUCUUCUUGGGGGCUGAGGGACGCCCCCGCCCUCCCCCACCACCCCUCCCCCACCGCGAGGGCUUCUUGGGGCCUCCGGCUCCCCGCUUUUCUGUGGGCACUCAGGAUUCGCACACCCCUCCCGCCCCCCCAGCCACCAGCAGCAGCAACCAUGGCAGCCACAGCAGCAGCCCCACGGGGCCUGUGUCCUUCCCCCCGCCUCCCUAUCUGGCCAGAAGUUUGGACCCCCUUCCCCGGCCCCCCAGCCCCACUCUGAGCCCCCAGGACCCACCUCUUGCCUCCUUGGCUCUUGCCCUGCCUCCAGCUCCUCCCUCCUCCUGCCACCAAAAUACCUCAGGAAGCUUCAGGCGCCCGGAGAGCCCUCGGCCCAGGGUCUCCUUCCCAAAGACCCCCGAGGUGGGGCCGGGGCCGACCCCAGGCCCCCUGAAUAAAGCCCCCCAGCCUGCGCCGCCCAGGGCUGGGGAGCUGCCUGCCCGAGGCCCGCGGCUCUUCGAUUUUCCCCCUACCCCGCUGGAGGACCAGUUUGAGGAGCCAGCUGAAUUCAAGAUCCUCCCUGACGGGCUGGCCAACAUCAUGAAGAUGCUGGACGAAUCCAUUCGCAAGGAGGAGGAGCAGCAACAACAGGGGGCAGGCGUGGGCCCCCCGCCCCCCCUGAAGGAGCCCUUCCCAUCUCUGCAGCCUCCGUUCCCCAGUGACACAGCCCCGGCCGCCGCCACGGCCACGGCUGCCACCGCCGCCCAGGGAGAGGAGAAGAAGCCACCACCAGCCCUGCCGCCCCCGCCGCCUCUAGCAAAGUUCCCGCCGCCGCCCCCGCCGCCCCCACCGCCGCUCCCCCCAGCAGCCAGUCCGGCCAGCCUGCUCAAAUCCUUGGCCUCCGUGCUGGAGGGACAGAAGUACUGUUACCGGGGCACUGGAGCGGCUGUUGCCACCCGGCCCGGGCCCUUGGCCGCCACUCAGUAUUCCCCCGGUCCCCCGUCAGGUGCUACCGCCCCGCCGCCCCCCUCAGCGGCCCCCAGCGCCCAGGGCUCCCCGCAGCCCUCCGCUUCCUCGUCAUCUCAGUUCUCUACCUCAGGCGGGCCCUGGGCCCGGGAGCGCAGGGCGGGCGAAGAGCCAGCCCCGGGCCCCAUGACCCCCGCCCCGCCGCCCCCACCCCUGCCUCUGCCCCCUGCUCGGUCUGAGUCUGAGGUGCUAGAAGAGAUCAGUCGGGCUUGUGAGACCCUCGUGGAGCGGGUGGGCCGGAGCGCCACAGACCCGGCGGGCCCGGUGGACACGGCAGGCCCGGCGGACACGGCAGGCCUGGUGGACAGUGGGACCGAGCGACUGCUGCCUCCGGCCCAGGCCCGGGAGGAGAGUGGCGGGGUGGGGGCAGCAGCAGGACCAGGCAGCGGCAAGCGGCGGCAGAAGGAGCACCAGAAGGAGCACCGGCGGCACAGGCGAGCCUGUAAGGACAGCGUGGGUCGGCGGCCCCGAGAGGGCAGGGCAAAGACCAAGGCCAAGGCCCCCAAAGAAAAGAGCCGCCGGGUGCUGGGCAACCUGGACCUGCAGAGCGAGGAGAUCCAGGGGCGCGAGAAGGCCCGGCCCGAUCUUGGCGGGGCCUCCAAGGCCAAGCCACCCACCGCUCCGGCCCCCCCACCAGCUCCUGCGCCCUCUGCCCAGCCCACGCCCCCCUCAGCUACCGGGCCUGGGAAGAAGGUCCGGGAGGAAGCGCCAGGGCCGCCAGGUGUCAGCCGGGCUGACAUGUUGAAGCUGCGCUCACUUAGUGAAGGGCCCCCCAAGGAGCUGAAGAUCCGUCUUAUCAAGGUAGAGAGUGGUGACAAGGAGACCUUUAUUGCCUCUGAGGUGGAAGAGCGGAGGCUGCGCAUGGCAGACCUCACCAUCAGCCACUGCGCUGCUGACGUCGUGCGUGCCAGCAAGAAUGCCAAGGUGAAAGGGAAGUUUCGAGAGUCCUACCUUUCCCCAGCCCAGUCUGUGAAACCGAAGAUCAACACUGAGGAGAAGCUGCCCCGGGAAAAACUCAACCCGCCCACCCCCAGCAUCUAUCUGGAGAGCAAACGGGAUGCCUUCUCGCCAGUGCUGCUGCAGUUCUGUACGGACCCUCGAAAUCCCAUCACCGUGAUCCGGGGCCUGGCGGGCUCCCUGCGACUCAACUUGGGCCUCUUCUCCACCAAGACGCUGGUGGAGGCGAGCGGCGAGCACGCGGUGGAGGUGCGCACGCAGGUGCAGCAGCCGUCGGACGAGAACUGGGAUCUGACGGGCACGCGGCAGAUCUGGCCCUGCGAGAGCUCCCGUUCCCACACCACCAUUGCCAAGUAUGCGCAGUACCAGGCUUCGUCCUUCCAGGAGUCCCUCCAGGAGGAGAAGGAGAGCGAAGACGAGGAGUCCGAGGAGCCCGACAGCACCACAGGAACCCCUCCCACCAGCGCGCCGGACCCGAAGAACCAUCACAUCAUCAAGUUUGGCACCAACAUCGACCUGUCUGACGCCAAGAGGUGGAAGCCCCAGCUGCAGGAGCUGCUGAAGCUGCCCGCCUUCAUGCGGGUCACAUCCACGGGCAACAUGCUGAGCCACGUGGGCCACACCAUCCUGGGCAUGAACACGGUGCAGCUGUACAUGAAGGUCCCCGGCAGCCGAACGCCAGGCCAUCAGGAGAACAACAACUUCUGCUCCGUCAACAUCAACAUUGGCCCUGGCGACUGCGAGUGGUUCGCGGUGCACGAGCACUACUGGGAGACCAUCAGCGCCUUCUGCGACCGGCACGGCGUGGACUACCUGACUGGUUCCUGGUGGCCAAUCCUGGACGACCUCUAUGCUUCCAAUAUCCCUGUGUACCGCUUCGUGCAGCGUCCCGGAGACCUCGUGUGGAUUAACGCGGGCACCGUGCACUGGGUGCAGGCCACCGGCUGGUGCAACAACAUCGCCUGGAACGUGGGGCCCCUCACCGCCUAUCAGUACCAGCUGGCCCUGGAACGAUACGAGUGGAACGAGGUGAAGAACGUCAAAUCCAUUGUGCCCAUGAUUCACGUGUCCUGGAACGUGGCUCGCACGGUCAAAAUCAGCGACCCGGACUUGUUCAAGAUGAUCAAGUUCUGCCUCCUGCAGUCCAUGAAGCACUGCCAGGUGCAACGCGAGAGCCUAGUGCGCGCCGGCAAGAAGAUCGCCUACCAGGGCCGGGUCAAGGACGAGCCCGCCUACUACUGCAACGAGUGCGACGUGGAGGUGUUCAACAUCCUGUUCGUGACGAGCGAGAACGGCAGCCGCAACACGUACCUGGUGCACUGCGAGGCGUGCGCGCGGCGGCGCAGCGCCGGCCUGCAGGGCGUGGUGGUGCUGGAGCAGUACCGCACGGAGGAGCUGGCGCAGGCCUACGACGCCUUCACGCUGGCCCCCGCCAGCACGUCGCGAUGAGGCCGGACGCCCCGCCCGCCCGCCCGCAGGGCGCCGCGGGGCCACCAGCACACGCCUGGGCUGGACCUAGGUCCCGCCUCUGGCCGGGAAGGGGGUCGGGCCCAGCCCUUCCACCCCAUUGGCAGCUCCCCUUCACUUAAUUUAUUAAAAAAAAAUUUUUUUU